AUGGCUCCCUCACUUCUCUUACUGCCUUCACCUCCUCAACCUCCAUCGCCAUCAACUCUCUCUGCUGCUUAUCGCGCACCUGUAACAUCCGUCCUUCAAAAGCUCAAGUCCGCAUCUUCUCCUCAAACUCUCAUAAUCGGACUUGCUCUCCCUAUUCUUACUGGUCCAUCAGCCAACUCAAAGAAAAUCGCAUGGUCAACUGCUCAGUCCCUUCUCGCGGGACUUUACACUCUCACAUCAGUUAUCUGCGCAAAGGAAGAUAUCCCCCUUGACGUGGGAGCUGGACAAGGGAGUGUGGAUGUGCGAGUUAUUCUCAUUGAUCAUGAGAAAGGACGACGCUAUGAGCCCAAUUAUGAGGCUCAAUUUGAGGCGAACUGCACGGCUGUGUUGGACUUAGCUGCGUUUGCGACAAAAGUUAGAUCAUGGGAGAUGGUAUAUCACCCCAGCUGUGAAGAAGGAUAUGAGUUAUUAUCUUCAUUUCUUCAGCUUGCGGAAAAGAAACAGACAUUUACGCAGAAUCAACUUGUGGCUAUUGAAGGUGGAAUCAGCUUGACAACAGAGCAGAAGCUUUCUUCAGAAGAACCACGACAAGGGUUCAAUACCGUCUGUCUGGGCGGCACCUUUGAUCAUCUACAUCCCGGCCACAAAUUACUGCUUCAUGCAAGUGCCCUCCUUCUCAACAUUCCUCCCAAGGACUCUGAUAAGACAUGCACACUUAUCGUGGGUAUAUCGAGCGAUGAGCUACUCGCGAAGAAGAAAUACGCAGAAGAGCUACAGCCGUGGACAGAACGUACUCAAACCGUUCUGUCAUUUCUCUCUACAUUACUCGAGUAUGAUACAACGGCUACAUCACCUCCAACACAAACCACACCGGACGAGACAAUCGCCACUCUUCGCGAUGGAAGAGUCAAAGUGCGAUGUAUAGUACUCCGUGAUCCUUUUGGCCCACCUGUUCACGAGGAAGAUGCCGAUGCGAUUGUUGUUUCUGGCGAGACUCGCAGCGGCGGCAAGGCGAUCAAUGAUCGUAGGACAGAAAAGGGUUGGAAGCCACUUGAGGUGUUUGAGAUUGAUGUGCUUGAUGCUGAUGAGAUUGCUGAGGAAGGGGUGAGUAAGACGGAUGACUUUGCAGCUAAGAUCAGUAGUACAGCGAUUAGACAGAAGAGGGCUGAAGCCAAGAGAUCAUCGUGA